AUGUCGUCCUCUGCUCCAUCCACAUCCGCUCCUACCAAGAUUGUCAUCCCCGAUCUUGUCUCGCACUGCACUAUCCCUGUACGAUGCAACCGUCAUUGGAAGCAAGCAAGCGUCGAAUCCAAACGUUGGCUCUUCCGUGGUGGCAACCUUAGCGACAGGAAGCGCGACGCGUUCCAUGGUCUCAAGGCUGGCUACCUCACUUCAAUGUGCUAUCCUUUGGCUGGAUAUCCCCAAUUGCGUGUGUCCUGCGACUUCAUGAACUACCUCUUCCACCUCGACAACAUCUCGGACGAGAUGAACGAUCGGGGCACGCACGGCACUGCGGUGUCAGUUCUGGAUGCGCUGUAUCAGCCGCAUAUGCACCCAACAUCGCGUGUCGGCAAGAUGACCAAGGACUACUGGGUCCGCCUCAUCCAGACUGCAUCUCCCGGUGCCCAGCAGCGCUUCAUCGAGACGUUCGACAUGUUCUUCCAGGCUGUCACCCAGCAGGCGAUGGACCGCGCGAACGGCGUCAUCCCAGACCUCGAAUCGUACAUUGCCAUUCGGCGCGACACCAGCGGCUGCAAGCCGUGCUGGGCGUUGAUUGAAUACGCGAACAAUCUCGAUCUCCCGUGGGAAAUCAUGGAUCACCCAAUUAUACGCGGGCUCGGUGAGGCCGCUAAUGAUCUGGUCACGUGGUCGAAUGACAUCUUCUCGUACAACGUGGAGCAGUCGAAGGGCGACACGCACAACAUGAUCGUCGUCGUGCAAAACCAGCAGGGCCUCGACCUGCAGUCAGCUGUGAACUUUGUCGGCGAUCUCUGCAAGCAGAGCAUCGACCGGUUCCACUACCUGCGGGAAAACCUGCCGUCUUGGGGCCCGGAACUCGACCGUGAGGUCGAGAUCUACGUCGAUGGCCUUGCAGACUGGAUAACAGGCAGUCUCAAGUGGUCGUUCGAGUCCGAGCGGUACUUCGGCAAGGCGGGUUUGGAGGUGAAGAAGACCCGCGUUGUCGCCUUGCUCCCGCGUCGUGCAUGA